AUGACGAACGAUUCACCGGUAUUCGCCAUGGACUCGGGUCCGUUUCGGGAUGUCAUUCCCAUUCUGCUAGAUUAUUUAGAUUUGAAAAGUCGUGUGCAAUUAGCUCAAACAUGUCGUUUCUGGAAAUAUCGAAUAUAUAUUGACUUGAAACGAUGGCCGACAACAUUGGAAUUACCUUACUUAGGUUCCAUGGAUAACUAUGUGGGUAUACAUCAUAGUCUCGAAGAAGUUGUACAUGCAAAACUGUGGUCAAUGGUUCGACCACCAGAAGAUCCUAGAGCAUUAGAAAAUGUUUUAAAGCAAAUAGCAUCAUCUGACGAUAGUGCCCAACGAUUUUCAUUAGUGACUAAAAUUAAUUUCAAGAAUUUUAUUCAUACGGAUGAGUCUCUACGACUUACUGCACUUCUAUUUCCAGCAAUUGAAGAAAUUCGGUUCGAAGGAAAUCUAUUGUCGAUCAAUGGCAUUCAUCAUAUAGCUAUGCAAUGUCAAAAAUUGAAGCAUGUCGAGUUCUAUCAAUGUGAGAAUGUUGAUUUACGAGAAGCGUUCCGAAUUUUCGAUAGUCAAGAGCACCAAGAAAACUUAGAACGAAUUUUCGUUUACCGCGGAUUUUGGCGGAAUCUUGCCGGGCAAAUACCAUUAAUGGAAGAUCUACCGUUCAUGGCACCAUGUGAAAAGUGCGGUUUAUAUUAUAAUCAAUUGAAAAAUGAACAGAAAAUGUUAUGUCUUUAUCACCCCGGAGUACGAAUUGACACUAAUGAACACAGUCGUUCGUUGUUCAGUUGCUGUGGUAGUAAUACUCCCAGAUAUCCAUCAACAUUAGGUUGUCAAUAUACCUUUCAUACGAAAUGUUCAAGCGAUUCUUUUCGAAAGUUGCACGACGGUCUUCCAGAGUAUAUGUUUCAAAAGUAUUCUGAUGUAAAAUUUUCAUUACGGUGUUAUGAACGACGUCGGUUAGAUAAAUGUUAUAAACGAUGGAAUCUGUAG